AUGAAGCUUCCUUUACUUUGGAUGAUGAUCAUCUCCUUUCAUACUGGUGAGUUCUUCAAAGAUAGGUCAGAUGUCAGACCCUGGAAAACCUUUACCUAAAUGAAUUUGCACACAUAUACAUAAACUAAGUGAAUGACAUUACAUUUACUGUCCCAGUAAGAUGUGUCUCUGUCUUAUUUUUUAGGGUCUUCUGAGGAUUUAUUACAGACACUCAGAGAAACAGUUCUGGUAUCUGAGGGGAAUAAUGUGAAUCUCUCCUGCAAGUAUUCAGGCUCUGUCUAUAACCUCUACUGGUAUCAGCAAAAGUCCAGUUCAUUUCCACAUCUCCUUAUAGAAGAAAGUUCAGAGAGAACAGAGAAACUGUCUUUGAAUCAUAACAAAGACUCAAAGGAAUUUCACCUUCAGAUCUCCUCUGCUGCAGUGACUGACUCUGCUGUGUACUACUGUGCUCUGAGGCCCACAGUGACAGGAAACACCAAAACUCUCUACAAAAACUCAGGCUGACACACUGACAUGCUGCUGAAAGCUUAUACUAACAUAGUUGACUUUGUCCUUUUACCUCCACUAGAGGGCCACAUCAUCUCAUAGGUGAUGCACUAGCUCAACACUGAGUUCAGCCAUUCUGUCAAUAUGAAGUGCUGCUGAGAAGAAAAGUUUAGUCAGACUGACAGACUGAGCAACUUCAGCUGGUUCCUCCUGUUGAUUUAAUCCUUGUUGUAGAGAUGGAUCAUUGGCUGUGGAUCAUUCUGGCUGCUCUUUUCUUUGGUAAGAAAACUCAACAUGUUUCCUCUCAACACUCUUUCUACACAGUUACACAUGAACGGAUCUUUAUUUGGCUUCUGCAAAUUUACACUGAAACCUACUGAUGGUUCUCCUACAGUCUCCUGAGUUUAUUGAUCAUCUCUUCUUCUGCUUGUUUUCUUCUUCCUCAGAGUGUAAAGGAGAAGACUCAGUGACCCAGAGAGAGGGAGAAAUCUAUGCUUUUGAAGGACACACAGUUACACUCAACUGUACAUUUGAGACAAGUUAUGGGAAUCCCACAUUGUUCUGGUAUCGACAGGAUCUUGAGGAUUCCCCAAAGUACAUGCUGAAAUCUUACUAUGGAACUGUUGAAAAUGCACCAGAGUUCAACAAAGACAGAUUUAUAGCUGCAACAAAUGGGAAACUAUUUCCUCUGGAGAUCCAGAACCUUCAUCUGUCUGACUCUGCUGUGUACUACUGUGCUCUGAGGCCCACAGUGACAGGAAACACCAAAACUCUCUACAAAAACCAUUGA